AGUUAUAUGAUAUGAAGUACAAUAAUUAUUGUAGAGCUGAUUCUUUUAUAAGUUUGUGUAAAGACUUUAAGAAAAUAGUCAAAUACAGUAAAAAAAAAUAAAAUAAAAAAUGACAAAGCAAAUAACCAUAAUUGGAAGCAUCAGCGUCAAGUGUGACUCGAUAAAAAUAAACAUUUGUCUCGAACCUCAAACAAUGUUCUCCCUUUUUCUUCCUCUUUUUAUUUAUUUAAUUCAUUAAUAACAAUUCUUUCUGUUUUUUCUCCUCCUUUUCGCUCGCAUCGUUUCUAUUUAAACACACCUUCACUCACUCAAAACACUCUCUCUCUUUCUCUCUCCUCCUUCCUUUUAUCUCUCUCUUCAACCUCCAUUUUCUUCUUCAAUUCUCAACAUACGUUCGCCAUUUUUCUUCCUCCUUUUUCAAACUUAGGGUUUCAUUUCUGCAGAUUGACAUUGUUCAUACACAAUUUCACCGAUUAUUCAUGUUUUCGCAAUUUAAUUGCGAAUUAAUUUGCUAUUAAUUUAUUGAUUGAUUGAUUGGUAGAAAUGACAUUCCAGUAAUUCAGAAAAGAGUGAUUUUAAUCAAAGAGAGAAAAAAUCGACAUUAAUGGCGGCAAGUUCCGCCGGCGGAUUUACGACGCCAUUUUUAAGCAUUAAGCUCCGUAAUCUUCACGGCGACGCUGUUUCAUUCCUUCGACUCCAUUGUCAAAGCUUCGACAUCUCCGCCUCCUCUACUUCCGCCGGAAUUAAGCAUCGCCGGAGAUUUUUCUCCGGUGUCGGCGACGGCGGAGAUGUUGACAUAAGAGGAGAGAGAAUUCGACGAAUUGACUGUUGCUGCUCUUCAGACGCAGUAGUUUCGAAGAAAAGACAUGGUGAAAAACGCGAAGAAUGGCGUCGCUUUGAUCCGAAGAAGAGUUCAACGAAUCGUAGGGUUCGUAGGCAAGCUUUGCCUUCGUUGCCUUUCGCUUCUCCUCCAGUCCGCUUUCAUUCUAAACCUCGUUGUAGUCCGCGUAACUCUGGUCCACAAUCACGUGACACACCGCCCAAGAGAGACACUGGCAUUGCAAAUGAGAAAGAUUGGGGCAUAAACUUGGUAAAUGAAAAUGUGAAUGAAACCGGUAUCAAUGAAGAUGGCAGUACCUGGUAUCGUGAAAGUGGGGAAGAGCUUGGGGAAAAUGGGUACAGAUGCCGAUGGACAAGAAUGGGUGGUCAGUCCCAAGAUGCUUCCUCUGAAUGGAAAGAAACGUGGUGGGAGAAAAGUGACUGGACUGGAUACAAAGAGUUAGGUGUUGAGAAAUCUGGAAGAAAUGCUGAGGGAGAUUCAUGGUGGGAAACAUGGCAAGAAAUGCUGCACCAAGAUGAGUGGAGUAAUAUAGCUAGGAUAGAGAGAAGUGCCCAGAAACAGGCUAAAUCUGGCUCUGAAAAUGCUGGAUGGUAUGAAAAAUGGUGGGAGAAAUAUGAUGCUAAAGGUUGGACAGAAAAGGGGGCACACAAGUAUGGCAGGCUGAAUGAACAGUCAUGGUGGGAAAAGUGGGGAGAGCAUUACGAUGGGAGAGGAUCCGUCUUAAAAUGGACAGAUAAGUGGGCUGAGACUGAACUUGGAACUAAAUGGGGAGACAAGUGGGAAGAGAAGUUUUUCUCUGGCAUUGGUUCACGCCAAGGAGAAACUUGGCAUGUAUCUCCCAGUGAUGAACGGUGGUCUAGGACAUGGGGAGAAGAGCAUUUUGGAAAUGGCAAAGUACACAAGUAUGGCAAAAGCACAACCGGAGAAAGUUGGGAUAUAGUGGUGGAUGAAGGAACAUAUUACGAGGCUGAACCGCAUUAUGGAUGGGCGGAUGUUGUGGGUGAUUCAACACAGCUGCUUUCAAUCCAACCACGAGAUAUACCUCCAGGUGUCUAUCCAAGUCCUGCACCGCCACCACCUAUUGACGAUGAUACAGAUUUGUCACCUCCGUCAUGACGAAGGAAAACAAUUUUCCUAGUUAGUUUUGAUUCCAUUCUAGUUAGUCUGAUUCGUGAAAUUCAUUUGUCAUGGUAGAAAUUGAAGGUGUAACAGAAUCGCAUGUUAUUCUUCCAUGAUUGAUUUAUUUUUGUCUGCGUAUUUUACUUGGUUAA